AUGUCGGAAGCUGUUCGAGGAUCUGACAGUCCAUGGAGAUCAGACUGGGACAACAUGACUCAGGUGGAGGGAGAGAUGAGACCAAGAGAGUCUAUAUCUAAGGAACUGUUUUUUGAGGCAUUUAAGGAGGACCCGGAGCGGGUGUAUCGAGAGAUUGCCAACUUCAUGGACGAAGCACGAGAUACCCUGAACAGGGUUAGGAACGAGCGAGAUGAAAUCCAAAGACAAGUGUAUGAACUUGGCCAGCAGGUGGAUAGCCUGAUAGAGGAACGGAACACCCUACAGCAGAUUGUGAUCUCCUUGGCCUUGCAAGCCGGACCAGCAGAGGCGCAGAAGGCGCAGCGAUCCGCGAAGCUCGACAAUCCUAAGCACCUCACUGAUGGGAAAGAACCAAUAUUUGAAAUCUGGCUCUCAAGAAUGAAACGCAAGCUGGCUGUUAAUGCCGACCACUUUCCGACAGAAGAAAGCUGUAUUGACUAUAUUGAAACCCGAACAGAAGGUGAUGCUGCAAGGCACCUAGCUCCGAGAAUGAGAGAAGACCACCCUGAAAAGUUUGAAACUGCAGAGGAAGUGUUUGAAUACCUGCAGUGGGUCUACGAGGACGUCACAAUCUUUUGA